AUGGAACCAAGAAAUGAAACCCAACCUUCAGAAUUCUUCCUCCUGGGAUUCUCAGAGGACCCAGAACUGCAGCCCCUCAUUUUUGGGCUCUUCCUCUUCAUGUACCUGGCCACUGUGGCUGGGAACCUGCUCAUCAUCCUGGCCAUCCUCUCAGACCCCCACCUCCACACGCCCAUGUACUUCUUCCUCUCCAACCUGUCUUUGAUGGACGUCUGCUUCACCUCCACCACCAUCCCCAAGAUGUUGGUGAACAUCCAGAAGCAGAGUAAAGCCAUCAGCUAUGCAGGCUGCAUCACCCAGAUGUUCUUCUUCAUACUCUUUGCAGGGCUGGAUGACCUUCUGCUUGCCGUGAUGGCUUAUGACAGGUUUGUGGCCAUCUGUCACCCUCUGCACUACAUGGUCAUCAUGAACCCCCAGCUCUGUGUGCAGCUGGUCCUGGUGUCCUGGGUCAUCAAUUCCCUAAAUGCCCUGUCACAUAGCCUCCUGGUGCUGCGGCUGUCCUUCUGCACACACCUGGGAAUCCCCCAGUUUUUCUGUGAACUGAGUCAAGUGAUCCACAGCGCCUGUUCAGACACCUUUCCUAAUGACAUGUUGAUAUUUUCUACUGCAGUGCUACUAGGUGGGGGUCCCCUAGCUGGCAUCCUUUACUCCUACUCUAAGAUUCUUUCUUCUAUUCGUGCAAUCUCAUCAGCUCAAGGGAAGCAUAAGGCAUUUUCCACCUGUGCCUCUCACCUCUCUGUCGUCUCCUUAUUUUAUGGCACGAGCAUAGGUGUGUAUCUCAGUGCUGGUGCAGCCCCCAGCUCAGCUUCCACUGCCACAGCCUCUGUGAUGUACACCGUAGUCACCCCCAUGCUGAACCCCUUCAUCUACAGCCUGAGGAACACAGACAUGAAGAGGGCUCUGAAAAGACUCUUGACCAGGAUAAGCACC